AAUCAUUUGAAGAAUGAGAAGAAGGCGUUGAUUAUCUCUGGGAUGGAGCAGCUUGUUAACUUCAUUAUUCGACCUCCAAGAGCUGAAUACAAUCCGGAAAAUGAUCUCUUGGAACAGGAGUUCUUGCUCAAAGGGAGAUGGUACCAGAGGAAGGAUUUAGAGGUAAAAAACAGCAGGGGUGAUACUCUCAAGUGUAGUCAUUACAUGCCAGUUGAGCUUUCUGAAGAUAGGCGGCCUCUACCUUGUGUAGUAUACUGCCAUGGAAACAGUGGAUGUAGAGCUGACGCCAGUGAAGCUGCAAUCGUAUUACUUCCUUCAAACAUCACAAUUUUCACCCUUGAUUUUUCGGGAUCUGGUCUCUCUGGCGGAGAGUAUGUCACUUUGGGUUCGAACGAAAAAGAUGAUCUGAAAGCGGUGGUUGAGUAUUUACGCACAGAUGUGAAUGUCUCCCUCAUUGGUUUAUGGGGUCGUUCUAUGGGUGCUGUCACAAGCUUGAUGUAUGGAGCAGAGGAUCCCUCUAUCGCAGCGAUGGUUCUAGACAGCCCCUUCUCUGAUUUGGUUGAUUUGAUGAUGGAACUAGUUGAUACAUAUAAGUUCCCUUUACCCAAAUUCACUAUAAAAUUUGCAAUACAAUAUAUGCGGAGAGCUGUUCAGAAGAAAGCCAAGUUUGACAUAACAGAUCUCAACACCAUUAAGGUAGCGAAGUCAUGUUUUGUUCCAGUUUUAUUGGGACAUGCCAUAGACGAUGACUUUAUUCACCCUCAUCACUCGGAGCGUAUAUAUGAAGCAUACGUAGGAGACAAAAAUAUAAUCAAAUUCGAGGGAGACCACAAUUCACCGCGCCCACAGUUCUACUUUGAUUCUAUAAACAUCUUUUUCCAUAACGUUCUUCAGCCUCCAGAGGUGGCUGGGCCAACAACACUUUUUCACCCAUUGGAUGAUUAUUCUGCCAAGGGCAGUUGGAACACCAUGAAAGAAGUAAAUUCUCCACCAUCCCCAGCACAGAAAAGUAUAGCUGCGGGGAGUACCUCCGAUGCAAUCAACGAAGUCCGCAUGAAAAGACCUAUGAGUCGCACAGAGGUUCCUUCAAGCCUCCCAUCUAAUCAAUCAUCGUCAGACACGAAGGAAAAAGAGGGGUCCAGUAGUUCAUCUUGUGAUAUGAUCAGCUUCGAUUUGUCAAAUGGGGAUCCGUAUCCUCCUAAUCUCGCUGUAGCUUUAGAUGAUGAUCAAUAUGUGGAGUUUCAAGUAGAGGACUUGCCAGAUUUUCCAUCUACUGCUGAGGAAGAAGAGAGGAUGCUGAUGGAAGCGGUGAUGAAAUCGCUGAAGGAGGCAGAAACUCAUCAAAACAAAGAAUCUUCCGGGACCAAUACAGAGAAGACUGAAGUAAAAGAAAGUAAUACUGCUGCUGCUGCUGCUUCUACUACAGAACCAGUGUCUGACACAGAUUCUGCAUCCGGUCCAACACUAAUUAACCACCAUGAUGCACCAUCCGAUGAUGCUACACUUAAAAUAUCGGAUUCUAUGCCAGACACAAAUGAUGAAACCAUUGAUGUGUCAGCACGUACAAAGGCAACAGUGACUGUGGUUGGACGUAGUAGCACAUCAGGAAACGGGUUAUUACGACGACGAUGGGAUCUUAACUUCUUCAAAAGUAGAUAAAUUUCAUUAUGUGUUUUGGUUUUGGGUAAAAUAGAAAGGAAAGCUUAAAGGUUUGUCAUGAGUCAUGACACGUUUUAUUCAUAUGCUGUGUCUUGGCGAAAAUCUCUGUUAAAGAGAUGAAAUCUUCUCGUGUUGGGUUUUGACCAAAAGGUCUCUUUAUCCUCUUGUUAUGAACAUGUAACUAGAUCACCAUGUAUUUAUUUUUAUCACUAAUCCUAUAUUUAUGAACAUAUAAU